GUUGCUUUUCAAUCUAUCUUUAUUGAUCAGUAUUGUGUUGAGAGGUGUUUUCCAAGAUAUAUUAUUUUGUCAACGUCAUAAGGGAUCCUGAUUAUUCUAGUAUAGGGUCAUCCGCCAUCAUGAAGUGUUUAGAGUGAAAUUGAACUGACAUUUCACGAAAAUAAGAACAAAAUGGCAGGGAAUAUUGGAAUGGAGCAGCUUAUUCCAGUUGUGAAUAAGCUGCAAGAUGCAUUUGUCUCCCUGGGUGUUCCAUUGUCUCUCGAUCUCCCUCAAAUAGCGGUCGUAGGAAGCCAAAGCGCCGGUAAAAGCAGCGUUCUGGAAAACUUCGUUGGAAGAGAUUUUCUGCCAAGAGGAAAUGGAAUUGUUACCAGACGACCUUUGGUUCUACAGCUCAUCAACGGUAACACAGAAUAUGCAGAGUUCUUGCACCUCAAGGGGAAACCAUUCUCUGAUUUUGAUUUGGUUCGGAAGGAAAUUGAGGCUGAAACAGAUAGGAUGACUGGGUCAAAUAGAGGAAUCUCCAAUGUUCCUAUCAACCUGCGAGUAUACUCCCCUAAUGUGCUGAACCUGACUUUGAUAGACUUGCCGGGGAUGACCAAGGUGGCCGUGGGGGACCAGCCCGUGGACAUCGAGGCACAGAUCCGUAGCAUGCUCAUGGAGUUCAUCACAAAGGAUACAUGUCUCAUCCUAGCUGUGUCCCCGGCCAACACAGAUCUCGCCAACUCUGACGCUCUCAAAAUUGCUAAAGAGGUUGAUCCUCAAGGUACACGUACUAUAGGUGUCAUCACCAAGCUAGAUUUAAUGGACGAAGGGACAGAUGCCCGCGAUAUUUUGGAGAACCGAACCCUACCACUUCGCAGAGGUUACGUCGGAGUGGUCAACAGAAGCCAGAAGGAUAUAGAAGGCAGGAAGGACAUUCGGGCGGCCAUGGCCUCUGAGCGCAAAUUUUUCCUCAGUCAUCCCGCAUACAGACACAUGGCAGAUCGUAUGGGCACCCCGUUUUUACAGAAAGUGCUCAAUGAACAAUUGACCAAUCACAUCCGUGACUCUUUGCCGACACUGAGGAAUCGACUCCAAUCACAGUUAUUGUCUAUGGAAAAGGAGGUACAAGAAUUCAAAAACUUCCGACCUGAUGACCCAUCGCGGAAGACAAAGGCCAUGAUGCAAAUGUGUCAGACGUUCAACGUGGACUUUGAGAAGAGCAUAGAGGGAUCAGGGUCGGUAAUUAACACUAGAGAAUUGUCAGGGGGAGCCAAAAUCAACCGCAUAUUUCACGAACGAUUUCCAUUCGAGUUGGUCAAGAUGGAAUUUGACGAGCGUGAGUUGAGGAGAGAAAUCAGCAUCGCCAUCAGAAACAUCCGCGCCAUCAGAACUGGCUUGUUUACGCCAGACAUGGCCUUUGAAGCUAUUGUUAAAGGCCAGAUACAAAAACUCAUCAGCCCCUCUAUCAAGUGUGCAGAUUUAGUAGUUACUGAACUUACCUCAGUAGUCCGGCGCAACACUCAACAGAUGAAUCGUUACCCGCGACUUCGGGAGGAGGUUGAAAGGAUAGUGAACACACGGAUACGUGAAUGUGAACAGAGGGUCAAAGAACAGCUGCGACUACUGGUUGAGUGUCAACUAGCAUACAUGAACACUAACCACGAAGAUUUUAUUGGAUUUUCUAAUGCCCAAAACAAAACAGAAAACACACAGAGAAAAAAAGUUGGAAAUCAGGUUAUUCGUAAAGGCUGGCUCACUCUACAUAACAUAAGUUUUAUGAAAGGCGGUUCCAAGGACUUCUGGUUUGUUCUGACGGCCGAGACGUUAUGCUGGUUUAAAGAUGAGGAGGAAAAGGAAAAGAAGUUUAUGUUACCUCUGGAUAAUCUCAAGGUCCGGGAUAUGCCUGACUCUGGUUUCGUGAGCAAGCGAAAGAAUUUUGCAAUCUUCCAGACUGAAAACAGGAAUGUGUACAAGGAUUACAAACAGUUGGAGUUGUCUGCAGAGAGUCAGGAAGAGGUGGACAGCUGGAAGGCUUCCUUCCUCAGGGCGGGUGUCUACCCAGACAGAAGUACGGAGGAAAACAAGGAAUCUAGUCGUAGCAAUUCGGGCAGCGCUGACAUCGGCUCCAUGGAUCCCCAGUUAGAGCGACAGGUAGAAACCAUCCGUAACCUUGUCGACUCCUACAUGAAGAUCGUCAACAAAACUCAGCGAGACCUAGUCCCAAAAACCAUCAUGUACAUGAUCGUCAAUGAAGUGAAGGAAUUUAUUGGAGGUGAAUUAUUAGCUCAGCUAUAUUCCACGGUGGACCAGGGUUCCAUGAUGGAAGAAUCGACAGAGGAAGCAAAUCGUCGUGAGGAAAUGCUGCGCAUGUAUCAUGCUACGAAGGAAGCCCUACAUAUAAUUGGCGACAUCUCCACGACAACAGUGUCGACGCCCUGCCCUCCCCCAGUCGACAGUGACUGGCUCAAUGUGGAACAGUCCUUAAAUGGAGGACGUCCAAGUUCUCGGCCCUCUUCACCCAAGCCGAGUCGUGCUCCUCCGCCGCCCCUUCCCAACCGCCCCGGGGGCAAUCAACCGUCAAUCCCGAACCGCCCGGCUCCCAACAUUCCCAACCGCCCUGCUCCACAGGUGCCCUUGGGUAUGGCAAUCAACGCUAUGGGUGGUCCACAGCAGGCGGCAGGAACUUUCACCAACAUGGCUUUCCAGGCCGGUGGAGCCUUCCAGGCAACCGGAGGCUUUGGACAGAUGGCCAAUGUUCCUCCGAUUCCUGCCACAAAACCCAGUUUCAGAGGUAGACCUUCCUCUGCUGGUGUACCAAGGAUUCCAGAUCGGCCGAAUUUGUCUGGUCGACCACAGUAGACAUACAUCUAUACAUCAUUAUAUGAAAUGAAACUAGUUACCAUGGAGACGUUGUGUCAAAUCUGUUUCCAUGGCGACUUUGCAUCACCACAGAGAUGCGUCGAGGUGCAAUACAGUAGCACCAUCUAUAUAAUUAUGGUAUAUAACGGACAUAGUAGUUGAACAUACUUAGCGACCUCAGUGUAUAACAGGGUCAAGGUCAAUGAUGAUUCAGAGAAAGAUUAGAGAGUG